AUGGCAUCAAACUUCAUGUCUCGGUUUACCGGCUCCAACAACCCUUCGGCCUCUAUCUAUGACGCCAUCCGGCAAGACGACGAGGAUUCGGACAAUUUCGAUGUCGAGGAGGCUGCAGGGCUGGGUGCAGAUGGCGCAAAUGGAAGAGAUGACUUCAACAAUCAUAUAUUACACCGGUCCAGCUUUCGGGCCCAGGGGAGGAGUCCUCGUCAAGAUGGCCGUGCUGCUCGCAAUGCCUCCACCUCCGAAUCCCAUGCGCAGCGGAAAGAUACACGCAGGAUCUCGAACAAGACAAGGCGGACCCCGAGAGCUCACAAACUCUUGGAUGUGGAGGAGGCGGACGACGAUGUCCCGGCGUCGUUGCUGAUCGAUCACAACGCAAUGGGUCUUGACCAUGGCUCCAUGUCCCUACCUCCUCCGCCCAGUCUAAUGCCAGAAGGCCUUCUACAAGGUCGCGACGCCAGUCCUUCGACGGCUGCUCAAGAUUUCCAUACAAGAUACCGUCCCCAGCCGGGCCCAGGCCGCCCGAAAACGGCACCAGUUCGGCCAGCUGGAGGCAUUGUUGGGGGCAACCUCGCCGCUGCAGAUCCCAAGGAGAAGGCCAUGUUUCGAUGGGUUAACGUGACAGAUCUGGAUAACUUCCUGCUGGAGGUUUACACUUAUUACCUCAAUCACGGUUUCUGGUCCACGAUCCUCAUGCGAUUCUUCAAUCUGCUGACCGUUGCCUUCGUGGUUGGCUUCUCCAUUUUUCUUACGCAGUGUAUCGACUAUCGAGAGAUUCGAGGGAGCACGAAGAUGUCGGAGAUUCUUGUGCCGCAAUGUACCAAAAGAAUGGGCUUUGUCCCGAACGCUUUGCUCUGGCUCACCACGUUCAUCUGGCUCUGGAAAGGGGUCCUGUACCUCUUCGACAUCCCUCGUCUGAAGCACAUGCAUGAUUUCUAUUUUUACCUCCUCGACAUCCCUGAACCUGAAAUCCAGUCGAUCUCAUGGCAAGAGGUUGUCAGUCGUCUGAUGGCUCUGCGAGACUCGAACCCCACCAUUUCCUCGACCUCCAAAAAGACCAGUGGCUAUAUCAAAUCGCAGAACAAGCAACGAAUGGAUGCGCACGACAUUGCCAAUAGGCUGAUGCGAAGGCAGAACUACAUGAUUGCCAUGAUUAACAAGGAUAUCCUGGAUCUGACUCUCCCCAUCCCCUUCUUUGGCAACCGCAAGCUCUUUACCCGGACUCUGGAGUGGAACAUUGAAUUGUGCAUCAUGGACUUUGUGUUCAACCGGAAAGGACAGGUUCGACCGCUGUUUCUCAAGGAUACGCACCGGAAAGACCUCGCGAAUGCCCUUCGUUCACGUUUCAUCUUGGCGGGCUUCACAAGCCUUGCCUUUGCACCAUUCCUAGCGACGUUCUUCGUCCUGAAACACUUCUUUCAGAAUUUCAACGACUACCAGAAGAACCCUGCUCAGAUUGGCAUGAGAGAGUAUACACCAUUUGCGCAGUGGAAGUUCCGAGAGUUCAACGAGCUGCACCACCUCUUCCGGCGGCGCAUCAACAUGUCGUAUCCGUUCGCCGACAGAUAUAUCAAUCAAUUUCCUAAAGAUAAGACCGUUCAAAUCGCCAGGUUCGUCAGUCUGAUAUCUGGAGCCGUGGUUUCGGUCCUGGGCCUCGCGACGAUUUUGGAUCAAGACAACUUUCUAAAUUUCGAGGUGACGCCGGGCCGGACGACAAUAUUCUACAUCGGCAUCUUCGGAUCGAUCUGGGCUGUCGCGCGUGGCCUGCUGCCGGAUGACAAUAUGGUAUACGACACGGCCUUUUCGAUCGGAGAAGUGAUACAAUUUACACAUUACGAACCGCAGCACUGGGCGGGUCGUCUUCACACGGUGGAGGUCAAAGAGGAAUUUUCUCAGUUGUACCAGAUGAAACUCGUCAUCUUCCUCGAAGAGGUGCUCAGUAUCUUCUUCACACCCUUUGUGCUGUGGUUGUGUCUCCCCAGGUGCAGCGAACGAAUCAUUGACUUCUUCCGAGAAUUCACGGUGCACGUCGACGGUAUAGGAUACGUCUGUACGUUCGCCGAAUUCCGGUUCAUGAACCAGGCGAUGCGGCCUGCCCCCAAGGAACGGUCCACGGAUUCAGAGGCUGGGACAGGAGGUGCUACCGCCGGCGUGGCUAACACCAACGCCAAUACGAACUUGCGGGACGACUAUUUUGCGUCCAAGGACAACAAGCUCGAACACAGUUACUGGGGGUUCAUGAACGACUACGCGCGCAAUCCGAAGACAGAUAUCCAUUUCCCUUACCACACCUCUAGGCGGCGCUUUAAUCUCAACAUGCCACCCCCUGUCCCGGGACUGCCUUCCCCAUCCUUCCCAGCAUCAGACCAUGGUAAUACGUUCGGCGGCGGAAUGCACGCCCAUCGACACAGCGGCGGAGGCCUGGGUUCGAUGGCCUCCCCACAUCGCGGAGCUUUGGGCACUCCCAGAUUUGGCGCCGCUACGGGACAAGGACAUGCUCAGACUCAGCCAUUUGGCUCUCCUCUCCAGUCCCUGUUGCUCGACCCUCAUCAUCAACCCUCUGUAAGUGGGUUCGCUACGUCGCCACAAGCUUUGCGACCACGUGGGUCGAUUCUUUCAAAACCGCGUCGGACUGCUACCGUUGAGCGCGGACAUGAAAUUCCUGACGACGUGGCGGAAGAAGAAGAUUCCACUGAGCUUCGACCUCAGAGAGCAGACACAUCUCAGCCGAAUGCGGGCGGCAUUCGAGAUCGCCUCUCAUCCGCGCCCACAGGCCUGACGACGCACGCAGUCCAGGAGGGCGAACUAGGAUCCUGGAAAUAUGAGAUCGACUCGUCCUCCGGCGCAGGUAGUGAAGAUGAAGAAGAUGAGCGUGAUGCGAGGGCGAUCAUGCAACCCAUGGGGCCACUUGGAUUGAUCAGGCAGUUUCAGAAAGCUCAGGCUCAGGAAGGAGGGAGGACCAGAGCCACCUGA